GUCUUUAUCUUCAGGUGGUAUGUAGGUCUCGUCUGAAUCUACUGAUAACAAGACCAGGUAUCAAGUGUACAUAUACAGAUCAUAUCAAGCGGGACUGUGGGGAAGGAAUUGUCUACUAGCAAACUAGGUCCGGCCACAGAUAAUUGCAUGCUAUUCUCCAUUAUAAAAUACAACUCAUCAUGGACGAAAAGACAAGACUUUUAACGGAUACGAGCGGCCGCCCAUUUGAGGGAUUUGGCGAAGAAGAAGAGACGUUGUAUACCCCGCAAUAUUUAGCCAUAAACGCUGCAGACCCCAAACUCAGUGAUAAUGCUGCCACUUUUGAGGACUUAGUGUCUGAGCGUACACGAAUAACUACCCCAAAGUUCGACGACGGUCUUCUAGCCCCCGUCAACAGCAGCCCGGUUACCCAGGAGGUGGAGGUGAAGGUCAAGUUGUAUAAACGACGAUGGUAUAUUUUGGUCGUGUUCGGUUUAUUCGCGGCCACACAGAACAUUAUGUGGAACACCUUCGCUCCCAUCUCCGCAGCCAGUGAAGAUGCAUUCGGUUGGGAUGACGGGACGAUAACCACACUGACUAACUGGGGACCGAUAUCCUUCAUGGUGGCAGCCGUGUUCUUCUCUUGGGUCAUUGACGUGAAAGGUAUUAGGCCUGCCGUUGUGUCCAGUAUGAUGCUGGUAACAGUGGGGUGCGGUAUACGGUGUAUCUCCUCGACGCCACCUCUCGUAACAUGGCUCAACCACGUCGGGGCCGCAUUGAACGGGUUGGGUGGGCCAGUGGGAAUGUUUGGUGUUCCUGUCCUCUCCAGUGUCUGGUUCGGUCCUCACGAGAGGACAACAAGCACUGCUCUCACCCUCGUCAUCUCCAACAUGGGACUCGCCUUGAGUUUCGUAGUAGGGCCAAUUUUAGUGCCGGAUCGUACCAACCCAAACUGCACCAAUGUAAAAAACAACGAAAGUAUCCAUAUGACGACAUAUACAUCCGACCUUGAGGAGUCAGGCUGUUCCCUGUACUUCAAUACAUCAGGAACAAGGAUAGCAGAAGAGCGGAAGGACAUUAUGUUUAUGCUGUAUGUUGUGUGUGGAUGGUCCGUAUUCAUCCUCCUGAUCAUCUUGUUGUACUUCCCCAGCAGACCGCCUCUUCCCCUUGUUUGUCAGCGUCGAAAAAGAGGGAGAACUUCCUGGUGGGACUCAAAACUCUCUUCAGGCGUGGUCAGUUCUGGCUGCUCGCUCUAAUAUACGGUCUGACCCUUGGAGUAGCCAACUGCUGGACAGGCUUGGUGGACGUCAUUCUCAAGCCGUACGGAGUAACUCAGAAACAGGCCGGCUGGAUGGGGUUCUACGGCAAUUUGGGCCAGAUGGGG